GCAGCGAACAUGUCGAAAGGAUUGGGAAUGUCCGCCAUACUAGUGCUCUGCCUGGCUCUGGCUCUGGUCCAGGCAGCUGUUAUACGUCCUGAGCUCGAGCCCGAGCCCGAGCCCGAGCAGGAGACCACCACCAGAUUGAGCUUGGAGGCAGAUGUGACCACCGAAGAAGCCACUACGUUGGCCAGUCCCGCUUUGAGUCGCGAUGAGGAGGCAAGCAUACUGAUUGACCCGGCCCCAGGAACCCUUCAGGAGGAUGUUGCACCCCAACAGAGGUCUGGGAAGCUCCUCCUGCUGAGCACCCCAUCCAAGCGAACCGUGGAGAUUGAACGUCAGCUGGAGGAGCAGGACGAGGGAGAAGAUAGCAAGGCAGACGCUGUAGAGAGUGAGGCAGCCACCGCCACCACGCCACACCCCACCGCAGAUGAACAGACCACAGACAGCCAGGACAGUCCCACCACCGAGCGCAGCGAGUCGGAGGAAACCACAACUCCGGCCACAACAAAACUGUUUGCCAUCGAGGGCACAUUCGCUGGCGGGGACGCACCCCAGCCGAAUGUGGCCGUAUCCCUGGCUCAGGACUCUGUGAACUCCACAGUUUCGAUUGCCGAACAGCCGCAGGUGCCCGGCGACAACAAUGCGGCCGUAGAGCUGGCCCUCGUAGAACCGGAGGCCGAGUACGUGCUGGUUGAGGGCGGCCACCAAGACGAGCUGGACCUUCAGCUGGGGAGCUUCACGCACAUCGAUAGCGAUGUGCACUUGCAGCCAGUGGUCCACUCGGUGGAAAUCGUCCCCACCAGCUUCGAUGAUCCUUUGAUUGUCAAUUACGUGCACAAUUUGCGAUGACUCCGAAUGAGAGAUGGGGCUGGGGAUGGAGAUGGAAUCAAAUAGCAAGCUCCGGUUGUCUCUUUGAUGAUGUUAAAGUUGAUGUUUGUUCAUAGUUGAGGUUUUAAUGGUUUAUCGAACAUAUAUUCUCAGUA